AUGGUGAAGAAGGUUAUCGAGCCGGGUAAUUCCCAGCAAAGUGUAACUGAGAAGACCUCCGCUGACACUUCAGACGGGAAGAAAUCAACUAAUGAAGAGAAAAAACCAGUGAAGACGGAAUCCAAGCAAAUCAGCUCCCUGAGUAUGCCUAAAGUACUGACUGCAGUUCUCACCAUUGGAUUUUUCCUAUCCAUUGCUGGAAGUUAUGGUUAUCAAUCCUUUAUAGAUACUUAUAUAAAACCACCUCUGGAAGAAAGGACUUUCCCAUUUUUGGGUGGAGUUGAGACGAAUGAUACGAGACUUCGAAAUGUGUACCGUCAUUGGUUAUACGCUGUAAACCCAAUUUUGCAUUUCCUCGAAGUUGACAAGCCAUGGAAUCCAGCUUUUAUAGUCGAGCUAUCGAUAAAUGAUAAGUUCAUUGCUAUUCAAGACUUCGAUACCCGUGAAUACGAUUCUCCGGAUGUUUACAAUGGAGGAAAGAUGACACUUAGAAAAAACCACAUCACUAUUACAAUCUUCCAUAUCAUUUAUCCAAAUGCAACAAUCGGGUUAUUCGUCAACACUCAAGGACGCUCUCCUAAUAACACCGAAAACAAUCUGAAACUCAAAAUCUCUGGAAGAGGUGUGAAAUGGAUUGAAAUACCACUAUUGCCGGAUUCAAGCAUUUAUCAGACAUUCCCAAAUACCACUGAACUGCCAUACAAAUCUCACCCUGAAAUGGAAAAAGCAAUUGGUGAAGUUACUGAAAACUGGAAGAAUAAAUUCGACAAAUGGUUCACCUCCACCGGGCAGCAGCAAAUUCCAAAAGCCUAUCUGGAGCUGAUCAACUCCGCCUACUCUCUCAUUGCAAACAGUUUGAACAACGUUCCACAUGUUGCAUUGGUAGGAAAAUAUGAAACAUGGAUUGAGGAAUUGAAUUAUUACUUCAUUGCAAGAAGUAGUGCCAACUAUUCUACAUUGGAUGAACAAUUCUUCCCACUUUUGACUCUUUCCAGACUUGAGAGUGAAGACACCAUGAGAGUUUUGAAUUCAUGGAUGAGUCUGGUGAACAACUUGGGUUACAUGGGAAACCGUCUCCACCAAGGAAAAAUACACUUGACUCCCAUCCAAGGGCCUCUGCUAUUCCAAGUUAUCAAAGAUUUGCUGACCAAUCCACUGUUCGAAGACAAAUUCCAAGGGAUUGUUGAGAAGCUUGAGUAUAUCGCUGAAUACACAUGGAAGAAUUCUAUUGGUAAAGGAGGAUUGACGGACUUGAAAUGGUUGGGUGACUGUCGUGGUAUCUUCCAAUACAUGCCUCCAUCUCAAAACAACAAUUCUUCCUUCGAACUUCUUUGCCUGCUUGGAGAUAUGAGUAGUGUUAUGCAAAAAGUGUACAAGAAAACAGGAGCUCCGGAAAGUUCGAAAUGGGUCCAGAGAUCUAUUGACGUAGAGAAUGCGAUGAAAAAAUACUGGAACGAGGAAACCAAGCAAUAUGGUGAUUUAGUCAAUGGAAAAUGGCACUACAGUAUAUCGUCUCACGUUCCAUUAAUCUUGGCUUCAGUGAAACAAGACGCUGAGAUCUUACCACAGCUUUUCAAGAACCUUCAACAGGAUACUAACUUCACAACACUUGGAAUUCAACUAUCUGAAGAAGAAGGUGCGGCUGUAUCCACUAACUACUUCUUGUUAAAAUCUUUGAAACACUAUUCCGAAUUGUCUGGACCAUCUCAAGAAACUGCUCACCAAAUGUAUUCCGUCCUCAAGAACAACAUGGCUGCUGCUAUUGCUCGUGCGAAUCGUAUCGAAAAAUCAUUCUAUGGAAAUUAUGACAGAACAAUGCGUCCAAUUGGUUUGAAAGAUAAUCUCGAUGGUACUCUUGUUUUUGCUAUCAUGUCUUCUUAA